AUGAUGGGCAAGUUCGGGUUUUCCGGCCGCAAAAAGCAGGCUCCCACCGUGACGGUCACCGCCCCGCCUAUGAACAAGGCCCAGAAGAUCCUGGGUGCUUCAGCUAUCAAUAUCGAUAACAAUUUCUCCAGUUCAAGCCUCAAUCUUGCUGCGCCCGCUCCUGGGAUACCGCAGGCUUCAAGCUAUGGCCGCGGGUCUCCAGCAAACCAGGAGCGUGGAAUGCGGGAGUGGGGGGAUGAGUCUGAGAUCGUCCCGCGGCAGUUCAGAGUCAACGGCGCGCCCACCGAUGAGUACGACGAGGACGCUUCCGAUAUGACGAGCAUCGUGCGAAAGCGACAGUCAUCGUCAACGCUCCACUCGUGGUACGACAAGACUAAGCAGCCUCUCUCCGUAACUCAACAAACCUCAGCCUCAGCCAUGGCCAAGGGCAUGCCGUCAAAAGCGGAGAGGAUGUUGGAUAUGGAGAACUCAAUUGCCGAGGCUAAACUCAAGAAAAAGAAGCCUACAAAACUUGACUUGUCUCACCUAAUGGGAAGACGGUCUAAAAAGAACGAGGCACAGUGGGAGGGUCCAAUGCUGGAUCAAAUUACCCGAUCUCCAUCUAUCCUAUCUCCAACAAGCACUCCAUCUUUAAGGGGCAAGUUGUCAAGACGACCUACAAAGGAAAGUCUAAGAUCAGCAACCUCGGAAACAAAUCGACCCAAAACAGAUGAGAGCAACAGUAACCGCCGACAACAAAAUCACCUGAACGGUCUGCCUAAUCUCUACGAACACUACGAGCAAAUGUCAUUCCGCUCAAUCAUUGAUGACGAGUUGGACGAGCCUGAUGAGGAUGAGAAGGUUUUGGAGAAGUCCAAGUCCAAGGAUUCACACCAGCCCAAGCCAAUUUCUCGACAAAGCAAACUUGAACAACACAUACCGCCAGGUCACCACGCCGAGCACAUUGUCUCACAAUACGCAAAACGCAACCUCCCUCAACCACCCCAACCUAUCAUGGCCAACAAGCCCCGUUCAUCCUCAGUUACAGACUGCGCUGCUAGUGUUUCUAGCAGACACACCCGCACGUCCAAGGCUUCAAAGCGCACGAGCAGGAGUUUCCAAGAGUCGGACCUUCAGGAGAAGAGCGUUCUUUCGCUCUCUUCGGAUUCUGAAGAUGACGAUGCAUACACCCAGUCCUCUACCAAGAGCUAUCCCUCGAUACCCGAGUACGCAACUUCGGAUGCUGGGUCUUCUAUUGACUUCCGUCCAGGCACCUCUCGAACUUCCGAGAGCGCUGAUAACAGCUCCAAACGAUUGAGCAGGUCGAGCAAGCAGACAACAGGUUCAGGCUCUGGUAACUACCUGACCAUUCCCAACGGACACCAACGAAACCCUGUUAUCGCCCCCAGAUCCAGCUCUCUCUCUGGAAGCUCCACCAACACUAUCCAGGAGGGAACUGCUCCCUCGCGCACGUCGAGCCUUUCCAACUCAUCAGUAAACACUUCAAACACAGGACACAGCAAGGCCAUCCCCAACAACUCGCAAUCAAAGAUUGUCGCUCUUUACCCCGAACCUGCACCUGAAGAUUAUUCUGAUUACGAGGAAGAGAAGGAGACUGAGGACUCUGAAAAUGAGCCCGAGCCCGAGCUUGACUUCCUCCCUGCCAUGACCUACAUCCCUCAUGGAUCCAUCUCUACUACCACUACCGACGCGCCUACGCCUCCUUUGAGCCCAAGCUCUGUCGACUUUUACAUCCGCUCCGCACACUCCUCUAUUGAUGGAAAGGAUGGUCACAACCGAUUCAUGGCGGUUACUCGACAGGAAGAGAUGCUCUUGUCUGCUCUUCGCCACAAGCGACAGACAAUGCGCGGCUCUGUUAUGUCUGAGAUGGAUGAGAAGGUCACUUCAAAGGGCCACAAAUCCAAGCCCUCUGAAGCCACCAUUACCGAGGAGACAAUGGACUUUGACUUCCCAGCCCCUCCUACCUUUAAGAACAAGACAACAGUCAACGCUGACGGCAACACCGUUAUUGAUCUCAGCCAUGAAACCUUCAACGACACCUCGGACGAGCUCAGCCCCACCCAACUUCCUGGCAAGAAGUCCCACCACGGACAGCGAUCCCACAGCAACAAUUCGGAACGCAUUCUUCUUUACAUCGACAAGGGUCUUGCUGCUGAACACUCCAUCGACGAUUCCGAGCCCAGCCCUGAUCUGGACGACUUCUACGACUACGCUUUCGACGACGAGGAGUCUGAAGAGGAGACCGUCCCUGAGGUCGUCAUGUAUACUCAGCAGCGCCGCUACAGCGGACGAAAGGACCGUCACUCAGCUCUCAAGAGCCGAUCAACGAGCCGAAGCCAACACCGCAGCCCUAGCGCUCAGCGUGAUACCCUUGAGGUUGGCGUGCCUCGACCCGACAGCCCCAUCUCUCCCGAUGCCAUGUCGACAUCUGCUCCUCGAGUCAACAAGACCAUGGCUCGCUUGAGUGCCGUUGGUCCUCCCGCCAAAUGGGGCUUUGAGGACUAA